AUGGUGCUAGGAAGUGGCUGUGACGCUAGCACGGCAUCACGCCACUUCGCCGCGUUCCACGAGCAACUCGACAAGAUGACGAAGAGGACGAAGAAGGCGGGGAUCGUGGGCAAGUACGGCACGCGGUACGGCGCGUCGCUGCGCAAGCAGGUGAAGAAGAUGGAGGUCAGCCAGCACGCCAAGUACUUCUGCGAGUUCUGCGGCAAGUUCUCUAUGAAGCGGCAGGUGGUGGGCAUUUGGCACUGCAAGCACUGCAACAAGACCAAGGCCGGCGGCGCUUACGUGCUCAACACGGCGGCAGCAGUCACGGUGCGCAGUACCAUUCGCCGUCUGCGCGAGCAGGUUGAGAUCUAA